AUGUCCGCUGCAAUCGAGGCCUCAGAUCGAAAACUCAACGUGAAACCAAAUGCUGCUACACUGUCUCGCCAAGAGGAGCCCAUGACCUCCUUCGCUGCCCGCUCACAUCCACCCUUCGAGCCAAAGGUUGACAAGGAAUAUGUCAUUUACGUGCCAUACACCUUCGAGGAGUUGAAACCACACUUUACUUCCCCCGAGGCCGACGCGAAGAAGCUCUUCUGCGCACUGACCGGCAACCACGUACCGAGUUCGAGCUCGCCAAACUACGACUACGAAAUGUGGACGUACAAGAACCUCCCCAUCGGCGCGGUCUACGUCGCGUUUAUGAAGGACUUCUCGCGGGGAGACAUAUUGGCCUCGCGGAUCCCCGCCGCGCACGGCGCAGGGGCCGAGUGGACGCGCCUCGAGUUCGGCAGGGACCUGUGGAACAGAGGCCAAAACUACAGCCAGAAAGUGCUGAAGGCCAAGGAGGGAGCUCGGGACUCGAAAAGCGUGAAGAGAAUGCUGGUUUCCAAGGACGUGGAAGAUGUCGGUUGCAAGGCGUCAGUCGUUGAUUGGAGGCUGAGCAAAACUAGUUCUAGCACUGAAGCUGUAGAACUGGAUGAAGACAGCGACGGGGAAUGGCGGCCGCGAAGUGGGAAAGUGUAG